CACAAAUCCCCAUUCUUCAUCUUCCUUUAAAAAAAUCUCGUUCCCUCCCGCUGAAUCUCAUCCUGUCUCAGGGUGAAAAUCAGAUCCCGGCACGUCUGCUUCGCCUGAAAAGUGCUGCAACCGUCUCUGUAACUCAUCUUUCGGCUUCUCGAAGGCCGAAGAUCGUUGUUUUUUCAUGUUUGGAAUGUGAGUUGGAACUGUGAAGGAUGGGCUCAACCUAUAGACGUAUAGUUGAGAGCUUAACAGGAACUUUAAGGCAUGAAAAAUGUGAAAGCUACUUCCUGUUUUCUAAGGAAUCAUCCCUUGGGGAUGGGUUUCGAGCUUUCUUAUAUCUUCUUGGUGUAGCCUAUUGCUUCAUAGGGUUAUCAGCCAUAACUGCUCGUUUUUUCCGGUCUAUGGAGAAUGUAGUUAAGCAAACAAGGGAGGUAGAGUAUAUAGAUCCUAUCACUAAUGCUGAAACCAUUAGACAUGAAAAGGUGUGGAAUUAUACCAUUGCGGACAUUACGUUACUGGCAUUUGGGACAAGCUUUCCUCAGAUCUCUUUAGCUACCAUAGAUGCCAUCCGCAACCUUGGUCAGAUAUAUGCUGGAGGUUUGGGUCCUGGAACACUUGUUGGUUCUGCUGCAUUCGACUUGUUCCCUAUACAUGCUGUUUGUGUAAUCGUUCCAAAAGCAGGAGAAUUGAAAAAAAUAUCAGAUAUAGGUGUUUGGCUUGUAGAGCUGUUUUGGUCAUUCUGGGCUUAUAUCUGGCUUUACAUCAUCUUAGAGGUAUGGACACCAAAUGUGGUUACACUGUGGGAGGCCUUACUAACCGUGCUGCAGUUUGGAUUGCUACUAGUGCAUGCAUAUGUUCAAGACAAGCGUUAUCCAUACGUGUCUCUCCCACUAGCUAGAGCCGAUAGACCGGAAGAUUGGGUGCCAGAAGAAGCAAAUGUAUCUAAAGAUUGUAAACAGGAUGAUGAUGACGCUGGUUACAUGGAGUACUCUGAAAUAGUUGGUGUGGAGGAGAACAGGAACAUUGUUGAUAUCUUCUCUAUCCAUUCAAAGAAUUCCCCAGGUCUAGAGUAUCAAAACGUGUCCGCUGAUGAUAUAGGUGAAUCAUCCUGUGGAAAUUCUGGCAAGAAAUCCAUUGUUAAAGAUCCUCAUCUGCUUUCACUUUGGGGACAACAAUUUCUUGAUGCUCUCACGCUGGAGAGCACAGAGUCAAGAAAAUUGGACAGUAUCUAUUUAAGACUCGCAAGAAUUUCCUGGCAAUUACUCCUUUCACCUUGGAGACUCUUGUUCGCAUUUGUGCCUCCUUGCAGUAUUUGUCAUGGAUGGAUUGCCUUCAUCUGUUCUCUGUGUUUUAUUAGCGGAAUAGCUUAUAUCGUUACAGUGUUCUCAGAUCUGAUAAGCUGUGUGACAGGAAUAAAUCCGUAUGUAAUAGCAUUUACUGUAUUGGCAAGUGGAACCUCAUGGCCAGAUUUGGUUGCAAGUAAGAUUGCUGCAGAACGCCAAACCACUGCAGAUUCUGCUAUAGCAAACAUCACAUGCAGCAACUCGGUGAAUAUUUACGUUGGUAUUGGAAUUCCUUGGCUGAUUGACACGACAUACAACUUUAUCGCGUACAGGGAGCCAUUGAGGAUCCAAAAUGCCGAAGGUUUAAGCUUCUCAUUACUCAUUUUCUUUUUGACUUCCAUCUGUUGUAUCGGAGUACUGGUGAUCAGACGUCUAACUUUAGGAGCUGAGUUGGGAGGACCAAGGUUUUGGGCUUGGUUAACAAGUUCCUACUUCAUGUUCCUUUGGCUUGUUUUUGUUGUUCUGUCCUCCCUAAAAGUUUCAGGCUUCUUUUGAUUGUCAUCACGUUUAUUCAUUCUUUUUUACCAUUCCAUAUAUACAAGUGAAUCGAAACGCCAUGUAUGGCUUAUAAUAGUCCUAGUCUAAAUUCUCAUAGAGUUAUCCAAUCCCACUUUCCAUCCCUAGUGAGAAAAUUUGUAAUAUUGAUCUUUCUAGAAUCUUAAUUCUUUACUUGAUUCGAUUUAGAA